GGUAAAUACGACGUGAUGACGCCAUAUCAGGGGGCAGGUCAAAUUGCUGUAGUUCAGUUCUUCUCUUCCUUGUUCGGCUGCUUAUUACAUCCACCGGCCGACGUCAAAGAAGCAAGCAGAAUGUCCCAUCAGACAGGCAUUCAAGCAACACGGGAAGUAAGAGAUGUCUUUGCCAAGGCGCGGAACGGAGACUACCGCCUGAUAAAGAUCGACAUUCAGAAUGAGCAGUUAGUGUUGGGCGGCACCAAGAAGGCCUCGAAGAAAUGGGACCAGGAGUACGACGCGUACGUGAUGCCCCUGCUUCAGGACGACAUGCCCUCCUACCUCCUCUACCGGCUGGACUCCACCAACAACCAGGGCUACGAGUGGAUCUUCCUGGCCUGGUCACCUGACCCCUCUCCAGUCCGACAGAAGAUGCUGUAUGCUGCCACGCGAGCGACAGUGAAAAAGGAGUUUGGUGGUGGACAUAUCAAAGAUGAAGUAUUUGGCACGGCGAGGGACGAUGUGUCGCUGAGCGGGUACAAGAAGUACCUGGUCUCCCAGGCAGCCCCUCAGCCCCUGACAGCAGCGGAGGAGGAGCUUAGACAGAUCAAACUCGGCGAGGUGCAAACGGACGUGAGUACGGAGACCAAGCACCAGACGCUCCAGGGCAUCUCCUUUCCCAUGCAGAGAGACGCCAUCCAGGCCAUGGAGCAGUUCAAAGCCAAGAAGGUCAACUACGUCCAGCUAGAAAUCGACUUCCCGAAAGAGUCCAUUAAGCUGUCCAGCACUGCACCUACCGAUAUCAAAGAUCUGCCCAAGAGGAUCCCCAAGGAUGCGGCGAGAUAUCACUUCUUCCUGUACAAACACUCGCAUGAAGGAGAUUACCUGGAGUCUACAGUCUUUAUUUACUCAAUGCCGGGCUACAAGUGCAGUAUCCGUGAGAGGAUGUUGUACUCCAGCUGCAAAAACCCUUUGGUAGAAACGGUGGAAAAAAAUCUGCGCAUUGAAAUAGCUAAAAAGCUGGAGAUUGAUAAUGGCGACGAGCUGACGGCUGAGUUCCUGUACGAGGAGGUUCACCCCAAACAGCACGCCCACAAGCAGGCGUUCGCCAAGCCCAAGGGGCCUGCGGGGAAGAAGGGCGGCCGCCGCAUCACACGGGCGCCAGGCGACGGAGACGACGAUUAACCCCCAUCCAGCCCUAACACCCCCUCCCAUCCCUUCAGUCCUCAGUGGAACAUUCCAGAUCCCCUGUAACCCACCAAAGGGGUCCCUUUACUUAAUAGGACUCUUCCGUGAAACCCUAUUAUAUAGACCACAAGCCUGUAGAUUGAACUAUGCACACAGAUAUUACCACACGAAGCUAUAACAUAUAUGGGAAACUUGACUAGUGAGUUGACUAGUGUCGAUCACAACCGCUCACAGGGCACAGCGGGUAGAGCACGGAGUAAGAUACUGAGGAAUGGAAACGCUAACUAAGCAUCUUGGUGCAUUGAAAUAGAAGCCAUUUUUCUUAGAAAAUAUCACACUACUAAUGUUAUGAUGAUGAUGUUAUGUUGUUUUUGUAGGCAUGGAGAGGUAAACUACACAUGCAAUGCUCCACUUAAGGUCCACUCAAGGUUCUUGGGUUUCAGCGUUUCGUUUGGGAGAUUUAUUGAUUAGCUCACCCUCCACCCCCCCACCCCUUAUCCCCUUGAUCAGGUAGAAAACCAUUGUGCCUGGUGUUCCAGUUGAGCAUAAGCAGUUGAUUACUUCAGGACCUAAACAAAUCAGCCGAGUUAAUCAAUAAAGCACCAGGAAGCAAUCCCAGUGGCAUCUGAGCUGUGUUGACCCUCAGGGGCCAGGUGUUGGGUGGGGUCAGUCAUGUGAAAGACCAUAAUGACCAAAAAGGUCAAGGGUCAAUCUUGUUUCUGUUUUGUCUGUCUGUUUGUUUCUUUCUAUAAAAGGGCUGCACUAUGAAGCAAGGUAACUGGCUAGCCCGGAUAACCUUGGUAGUAACCGCUGAUCAUUUAAAGAACACUGCACUGGCCAGAUAUUGUUUCUACAGUGGCGUGUUGUUUGAAGAUCAGCAGUUAUUCCCAUUCAGCCAGUUACCUUGCUUCGUAGUAUAGCCCUCAAGAGCAUUCUGAAUAAGUAGAAGAGUUUUCUCUUGUUUUUAAUCGUUCCUUUAGUGCUGUAUACUCUAUGUCUUACUAAGUCAUGUGCGAGUUUUCCAGUGCUGAGCCAUUUGUUUUUAACAAAACAACCUUUGUACAGAUGAAGCAGUCUGUCUAAAAUAUUUGGUACGCUAAUGCUCGUUGUGUUCUUUUUGUUUGUUUUUUCCCUUGACUUUGUGUUUUGUUGUUGUUGUUGUUUAUCUAUUUCUACAGCUAAAAAUCUAUACUGCUGAGA